UCAGAGCAGCAGCUUGUUGCACGACCAGCUUCUUGGUAAACUAACUUGAGUUCGGCGUUAAAAUCCAAACCAGUUGCCUGACAAACCGCAUUCGCGUGGACAGAGGAGAAUGCUCGCUUCAGUUAAAAAAUAAGUCUUAUUGCCCCUGAUCUAACGAGUCAUUUACCGCAGUUUCCAUCGAGCUCUUUUGCCGUCUGCGUGAUUUGUGGUCAAGAAAAAGCACAGUAACGGCAGGUCAUUGUAACCAGAUCCCGAACAGAAGAAAGUGCCUUCUCUGAUGUUCCUACUUGAAGCUGCUCACCACACCCAUCCCACACUGUAAACAACACUGGCUUGGCCUCCAAAAAGAUCUCAAUUCCUCAGACUUGCCAAAGCACAAGGAACUGACACACUCUUUCUAUUCACGGACAUUAUUCGAUAUUGUUCCAAGGAGAGCCAUAGCCUUCAGAUAUUGCUGUCCACAACCAUCGGCUCAAGACCAUUUGAAGACCUGGAGCAUGUUCUUAUUGUCGUGCCAGAGCUGUGCACCUGGGAAUAAAUGACUGAUGAACAACUUGGCAGAGAUUGACAGCUUCACUAAUAGCGGCCAUCUCCCGUGCGACAGCCACCGGGGGUCUGUAUGUGACAUCUCUUUUUAAAGGGCCUUUCCAACAAACCACAAAACUAGACCCAAAACAACACAGAAAUACGUUCGCAGUCUUUUGAACUGAAAUCAACAGUCCUGCUACUGACACCGUAGAGGUUCUCCAACACUAUGGCUUUAAACAUUGCGUCGAUGCGGGACACAAAAUGGCUGACGCUCGAGGUGUGCCGGCAGUUUCAGAGAGGGACGUGCUCGCGCAGCGAUGAGGAAUGCAAAUUCGCCCAUCCGCCCAAGAGCUGCCAGGUGGAGAACGGACGGGUGAUCGCCUGCUUCGACUCGCUGAAGGGUCGGUGUACGAGAGAGAACUGUAAGUACCUUCACCCACCAGCGCAUCUGAAGACGCAGCUGGAAAUCAAUGGACGCAACAAUCUCAUCCAGCAGAAGACUGCAGCAGCGAUGCUGGCGCAGCAGAUGCAGUUCAUGAUCCCUGGCACCACCAUGCAACCAGUGUUUCUUAUGUCGUCUUCUUCACAGCCUACAUUUCCUGUCAGCCAAGGUCUGGGCUCAAACCCUGGACUAAGUUACGCACCGUAUCUGACUCCCAUGAGCCAUGGCAUGGGUUUGGUCCCCACAGAGAUGCUUCCCAGCACCCCUGUAAUCGUCCCCGGCAGCCCGCCAGUCAGUGUGCAGAGCUCGUCCUCCACACAGAAACUACUGCGCACAGACAAGCUUGAGGUGUGUCGUGAGUUUCAGAGGGGCAACUGUGCACGUGGGGAGACGGACUGCCGCUUCGCCCAUCCCAGCGACAGCCCCAUGAUUGACACGAGCGACAACACGGUCACCGUGUGCAUGGACUACAUCAAGAGCCGCUGCUCACGCGAGAAGUGCAAGUAUUUCCACCCUCCGGCGCACCUGCAGGCCAAGAUCAAAGCAGCCCAGCAUCAGGCCAACCAGACUGCUGUCGCAGCGCAGGCCGCCGCUGCAGCCAUGACUCAGUCGACUGCCAAAGCAAUGAAGCGACCCCUCGAGGCAUCUGUAGAUCUGGCGUUUCCCCAUGGAGUCCUGCAGCCCCUACCAAAGAGACCAGCACUAGAAAAGAGUAACGGGGCAAGUACGUUCUUCAACCCCAGUGUCUUGCACUACCAACAGGCUUUAGCCAACGCACAGCUUCAGCAGCACUCUGCUGCGUUCUUUCCCACAGGGUCAGUUCUGUGCAUGGCUCCUGCUAGCAGCAUUGUACCCAUGAUGUACAGUGCUACGCCUGCUACUGUCUCUGCAGCAACAACUCCUGCCACAAGUGUCCCCUACGCAACAACAGCACCAGCCAAUCAGAUCAUCUUGAAGUAAACCACAGAAGAGGAACGGGGUGUCAAGAAGCUGCUUUAAUAAACCCACAGCAAUCCCCGUGUAAAUACGACCUGCCCUCCCCUUUAGAACUACAGCAGCCUGCAUGCUAAAGCGUGAACACAAAUCACACAUCAUAUAUCUGUUAUGCUUGGAAAUGUGACUCAACCGGUUUCUAACACACACACACACACACACAUACAGUAUAUAUAUAAUGUACAGCACGUUUCAUAGAGGCAUAAGUGAGAUUCAUCCCAAUGAUCGGUCACCCGUCAGAUAAUGUGUAUUUUUCUCAUAUGAUUGUUUUAAAUACAAAUGCACAAUGAGUGGGCGACGAGCUAGAAAACACAAACUCAAACAGUUGCACUGUCGGAAAUCGUGCUUAAUAAGUGCUUGAUCUCCUGCAGAGUAUGUCUUAAACAUCCCCAUGCACCCUCUAGAAAGGGGAAAGAGGGGUUUUAUUUCUUAUUUUAAUACAGAAAAACACUGAAUGUCACACGGCGGACACAAAGAAGAUUGUCUACUGGUCAGAAUGCGCUCCUCUUGUUGGACUGGAGCUAUCUUCGGAAACGAUUAGAGAAGAUAUUAUUCCCAACCCUUCAUCCCCAGCGGCCAAAGAAAGGUUUACGACGACACAAAGCGCAUAACGGUUGAAAAGCGUCGGAAGUGCGAAUGUGGCAAACCCGGUGCCAUGCAAUCACUUUUCUGUCUGCGUCUCUGCUAAAGGACUGUGUUUUACUCCUUUCUUUUUUUGUUUUUAAAUGGACACUGAAUGAUUUUGAUGUGCCUGUGGAAACACCGGUCAUCAGGGAGUCGACUCUGGCUUCUAUCCCGUGCCAAGGGCUUACAUUAAACUGGAGAGCUGCUGUAAACACACUCGUACACGAGAUGGACUUCUCCAGAUUGUCUGGGGCCUGUUUGUAGUCCCACUCACACAGAAAUGACGAUGACGAGGGGGAAAUGUUGCAGUAGACGAUCUUUGACACGUUGUGAACGGAGGGUGCUGUGCUCUCGCCGAUAAUCCUGUUUUAUUUGAUAAACAGUAGAAGUGCCUAAAAAAAAAUAUUUUACACAGCAAGCAUCUUAAGAAGAUGAUUUUAUGUGGGGUUGGGGGUUAUAAAACCAUUCAAAGCAAAGCUCCCGAAAGAUUUCGGAAAGAAAGAGACAAAAAAAAAAAAAAAAAAACAUGUAGUUGAAUGCAUUUCAUGCACAUCAUGGUCUGUUUCAUUACACAGUAUCAUUGUUGAUAGAAAUUGGAGCGAGAUGGCAUAGGCAGAAGGUUUGUUUUGUUGUACGAUAUUAGCUUUUAUGCUUUCUUGGAGUAGUUGACAUUGGAAAAAUGUAGGUAACUUCGAGCUAAAUGUCUGUAACACGCAUGACGUUUGAGUUUGGUAAAGAUUGUCAUUGCGGUGUGUUCUUAACUAGUAAUGUUGAGUCUGAGGACUGUCUUCUGUUAAAGAAAUAGUUCUCUCAAAAACAAAAAUAUAUGCUGAUAAUGUACACCCUCAGACCAUCCAAAAUGUAGAUGAGUUUCCUCAUUGGGACAGAUUUGGAGAAAUGUAGCAUUUCAUCACUUGCUCACCAAUGGAUCCUCUGCAGUGAAUGGGUGCCGUCAGAAUGAGAGUCCAAACAGCUGAUAAAAACAUCACAACAGUAAUCCACAUGACUCCAGUCCAUCUAUUAACAUCUUGUGAAGCCAAAAGCUGUGUGUUUGUAGGAUACAGAUCCAUUAUUAAUGGGUUUUAAACUUUAAAACUGUUGCUUCUGGCUAAAAUGUUAGUCCUCUAUCCAUAAUAACACUUUCUCCAGUGAAAAAGUCAUCUGGUCUGAAACGGGAGAGAAAUAUGCACAGAUCAAGAACCGUUGCCAGCCAAAACAGCUCUAAACAAAAAUGUGAGUGGAUUUUGAUGUAUGAGGGGAUGGACUUUUUGGACUUUUUCACUGGAGAAGGCUUUUCUGGGUUUGUUUCUUAAAAACAAGCAUAUUUUGGCUUCACUAGACAUUAAUUUUUGGGCUGGAGUCAUUUGAAUUACUGUUGUGAUGUUUUUAAUCAGCUGUUUGGACUCUCAUUCUGACGGCACCCAUUCACUGCAGAGGAUUCAUUAGUGAGCAAGUGAUGCAGUGCUAAAUUUCUCCAAAUCUGUGAGUAUAUUUUCAGUUAAUUUUCAUUUUUUGGGGUGAACUACUACUUUAACAAUGUGUUUGUCAUUCUCGUACUAUAACAAAACAUUUAACAGCAUCAUUUAGUUUUAUUUAGGUAGUGUUUUACCUGGAAUAGUGCACACAGCUUUCUUUUCCUCCCUGAUUUGAGAUGGGUGAAGCGUGUGUAUGCGCAUGCCUGAAUGCAUGUUGGAGUGUGUUAUUGAUCCAGCCAGAACCAUCAUGUAUUUUCAUGGUGCUAGAUUAACACAGACAAUCCACAAAGAGACGUUUGGGUUUGCAGGAAUAUGGCACUGGUCUUAGAAUUUUUAUUUACUUUUUUUUUUUUUUUUUGAUCGCAAAAGUUACAGUUUUAAUGUAAUUUUUGAUAUGGAAAGUGAUUUUUACAUUUUAUUGCCAUUCUGUUCAUUCUUUUUUGUUGUUGUUGUUUUGUUAAAUACUAGAACACAGAACAAUGGUGUAACCUAUUUUAAAAAUGAAUGUAAUUUAUUAAGCUGAGCUUUGCUCCGCGCGGUUGUCCUCGGCAAAUCAGAAGCCGGUUCUAGAUCUCUCGUUCGGGACGUCACGCCGUAGCGUAAGCGAGGCUAUAGAACUGCUUGUGUUAUGUAAAAAUGUUUAUUGUAUAGGUAAUGUUUUACCAAAAAAAAAAAAAAAAACUAAAAAUAGAAAAAACCAUUUAAAUAAAAUGAAAAUGUAACAAUAAUAAUAAAAUACAAAAACUCAGUAGUAUGAUAGUUAUUUCAUAAUAAUAAUAUUAAGUUGUUGCCGUGGCAUCCUAAAAGUUGCGAAUACUAAAUUUUGGUAUUUUUGUAAAUGAUGCGGUUAAGUUGAUUUUUUUUUUUUGUUCUUUUGUUUUUGUUUUUCCUAGGGCACUGUAAAACAUUAGAUUGUAAAGCUGAUAUUGAAACAUUUCCUAUUUUAUGUCAAGAUUAUAUUACCAGGAGAUUUUUUGGUAGCAUUUAAUGGCCUCUUUAUUGGUGUAACAUUUAAGAUAGUAGUAAAUACUCACCAGUUACAAUAGUGUGAUGUAACUUAAGAAACUUCUAGUGUUGGGUUAACCCGCGCCCCUUCACCUUCCCCAUUUUAGAUUGACAAAGGAUCUCAAGUACUUGUGAAGAUCGUUUUCUAUAUUAUUUAUGAAAGCUGUCCUGGUUUGUUCAACAGCUUGAAUGAGUUAACGAUUGCACUUUGAUUUCUUGUAACUGUAGGAUGUUCAUUUCUAAAACCGAUGCACAAUUAAAAUGGUAUGGCAACACAAAUAAUGACAUUUUUCUUAUUGCUUUAGUUAAACAAGAGAAUUAAAUACUCGGUAAGCAUCUUGCAUGGUAUUUUAUGUCAAAUUAAGAAGUUAUUUUCAAUUUAAUCUGAAAAAAAAAGAAGUAUAUUGAAUGUUUUUAUCUACACUAUAGAAAGAAAAAAACCUGCACAUGUGAUGAAUGCAACAGUUGUCCUUAAUUUGGGAUUCCUUACACCCCAAGUGAAAAGUUGUGGGACAAAAAAAAGUUGACUGAUGGUGGACUAAGCACUUUUGAAUCAGUUGAUAUACUGAGCAGACACAGCGUAUCCAAACACUUUGCCUUACCUUAAGUCCAUUGUUUUUAAGCUUUUGUGUUUCAGAGCUAUUAAUAGGGUGUCAACAGGUUCUCACCUCCAUUUAUAUAUGAAUAUACUAUACCUAUAACUAAGACAUGUUAGAGUUUAUUACUAUUGUCACUGAGAGACCAAAAGGUUUGACAUUGUUGAUGCUUUUCAACAACCUUUCCUGUUUGUGACUAGAUGCUGUUCUCAAGGGAUUGUGGGUAUUUUACGCUGUGCUGCUUGACUUCCAUCAGUAAUGCAGUAGCCCAUCGACACUUACACACAUGUUCAGAGAUCAUAUGAGGAGAAAAUUAUAAACCAAGCCCUCUUUGGAUAAUAUUAGUUUUCAUGUAACCAUUUUAAAUGUUUUAUUUGUGCAUAUAUAUAUUAUGUGCUAUUUUAUGUCAUAUAGUCAAAUGUUUUUGGUUUCAGAAAAAUAGUGUAAAAUCUAUUGAGACAAAAUUAAUAAAGAAAGAAAAAAAGGA